UGCGUAGCGGGGAUUGACAACAGCCCGAGGACACAUAAAUGCUCUCCGAGGUUUGAUGCGUUGGAGCUGCGCGGACUAACUUUACAUUCUACACUUUUUACUCCGGCAAACCUCCUCAAUCUUUCAUACAGUCUACUUUAGCUGCUUUUACCCUCUUUUUACACACAUUUCACCGUCUUCAGCAACUUUUCAAGGAUUUGUACUUUAGCGGAGGUGAAGGGAAUAUUCCUAGGAGAAGGAAGAAGGAAGAAGGAAGAAGGAAGAAGGAGAUGCGAUCAAUGGACGAACGAGCGAGACUACAAAGUUAGCCAGCAGCUUUUAGCUGCUUGAUUACAACUACAAAGUUACAACUAGAAAGUUAGCCAGCAGCUUUUAGCUGCUUGAUUCAAACAAGUACUUUCUCCAUCAAAUUAACUCCGUUCGAUUUCACCUUUUGGGGCUUUUUCCCAGCUUUGUUACGUUCUCUUUCUGGGAAAUAUGAGCAACGUUAUGAGCUAAAUCUUACAAAGUUCGAUCGCCGCGUGUGGAUUCUCUGGUGUUUUGUUUUUGUUUGUUUUGUGUGUGGAUCGUGGAUACUCUCCUUUUUUGGAUUUGUUUGGUGGGCGACUUUUUCUGCCUGUAAUCUCAACUCCGGAGUGACUAACGCUGGUCGUCUCCCAGCAGACCCUCGUCUUCGUCUAAGUCCUCGUCUUCGUCUUCGUCCUCGUCAUCGCCAUCGCCAGGAAGUUCAAAUUCGCGAGUGACCUGCUGCUGUCAGGUUCUGAAUGGAGUUCCAAUCGCCAAAGAGCCAACAGUUGUAGCUCCCUCAACAGGAUGCUGAUGAGGCCAAGUGUACUUCUGUUUCUGGCUCUCUUUGCCCAGCUUUUAAGGACACAGUGCCGUCCUGCUAGCCCUGAUGACGUCUCCACAGAAACACCAGCAGAACUCUUCACCCUCUAUCUUGGGGGUCAUCUGGACCUAAGCUGUUCUACGAAGGACUCCCUUCAUGCUGUCAACUGGACUAAAGACCAAGUGGCCAUCGUGGAUGGAGAGCACACACGCAUCCGUAAUGGCCAGCUGGAGAUUGAGACCGUGGAGCUGGCAGACUCUGGCCUGUACACAUGCACAACCUUUGGCAACCAAAGCAUCUUUUUCAACGUCACAGUCGAUACUCUGGCCUCGUCUGAGGACGAUGAUGAGGACGAAGAAUCUUCUUCAGAGGAAUCUAAACUGUUAGGCAGUCAAAAACUGCUUCCGAUGGCUCCACAGUGGGCUCAUCCAGAAAAAAUGGAGAAAAAGCUUCAUGCUGUUCCUGCCAGUAAAACUGUCAAGUUUCGCUGUCAGGCCAGUGGCAACCCAAUACCCACUCUGAAAUGGUACAAGAAUGGUAAAGAGUUCAAAAGAGACCAUCGCAUUGGAGGGUUCAAGGUUCGUGACCAUGUGUGGACCAUCAUCAUGGAAUCGGUGGUGCCCUCAGACAAGGGAAACUAUACCUGUGUGGUGGAAAACCAGUAUGGGAGCAUCAAUCAUACCUACCAGUUGGAUGUUGUCGAGCGCUCUCCACACAGGCCAAUCCUGCAGGCUGGCUUACCUGCUAAUCGCAGUGCAGUGGUGGGCAGUGAUGUGGAGUUUGUGUGCAAGGUGUUUAGUGAUCCUCAGCCUCACAUCCAGUGGUUGAAACACAUCGAGGUCAACGGGAGUCGUGUCGGUCCAGACGGCUUACCGUACGUCCGCGUACUCAAGCAUUCUGGGGUCAAUAGUUCGGAUGCUCAGUUGCUGACACUCUACAAUGUGACAGAGGAGGACAGUGGAGAAUAUAUAUGUAAAGUGUCCAAUUAUAUAGGGGAGGCCAAUCAGUCGGCUUGGCUGACUGUCACCAGAUUUGAGGCCACAGCUGUCCCACACUAUCCUGAGGCCAGCCACACCUACCUGGAGGUGGUCAUCUACUGUGUGGGCUUCUUCUUCAUCGCUGUCAUGAUUGCCAUCGUAAUCAUUGUCAAGAUACGCACCUCCUCCAAGAAGAGUGACUUCAACAGUCAGCAGGCUGUCCACAAGCUGGCCAAAAGCAUACCCCUGCGCAGACAGGUAACAGUCUCUGUGGACUCAAGUUCCUCUAUCCACUCCGGUGUGAUGUUGGUGCGGCCUUCCCGUCUAUCUUCCAGCGGCUCCCCCAUGUUGUCAGGGGUGUCUGAGUAUGAACUCCCCCAAGAUCCUCGCUGGGAGCUUCUACGAGAUUGUCUGGUUCUUGGGAAGCCCCUUGGCGAGGGCUGCUUCGGUCAAGUCGUGAUGGGAGAGGCGCUGGGUCUGGACAAAGAGAAACCAAACCGUGUGACCAAGGUUGCAGUCAAAAUGUUAAAGUCUGAUGCCACAGAGAAAGACCUUUCGGACCUUAUUUCAGAGAUGGAGAUGAUGAAGAUCAUUGGGAAGCACAAGAACAUCAUAAAUCUGCUCGGGGCAUGUACUCAGGAUGGUCCUUUGUAUGUGAUUGUGGAGUACGCAUCCAAGGGCAACUUAAGAGAGUAUUUGCGUGCACGACGCCCUCCGGGCAUGGAGUACUGUUACAACCCGGACCAAGUCCCUGUAGAGAACAUGUCCAUCAAAGACCUGGUGUCCUGUGCCUACCAAGUGGCCCGAGGCAUGGAGUACCUGUCUUCCAAGAAGUGCAUCCACAGAGAUCUUGCUGCUCGUAAUGUGUUGGUGACUGAGGACAAUGUGAUGAAAAUAGCCGACUUUGGUCUGGCACGAGACAUCCACCACAUUGAUUACUACAAGAAGACCACCAAUGGGCGCUUACCAGUCAAAUGGAUGGCUCCUGAAGCUCUGUUUGAUCGGAUCUACACACACCAAAGUGAUGUCUGGUCCUUUGGGGUGCUGCUUUGGGAAAUCUUCACCCUGGGAGGCUCUCCGUACCCCGGUGUACCCGUGGAAGAGCUGUUCAAGCUGUUGAAGGAAGGUCACCGCAUGGAUCAACCAACCACCUGCACUCAUCAGCUGUACAUGAUGAUGAGGGACUGCUGGCACGCCGUUCCCUCCCACAGGCCAACAUUCAAGCAGCUGGUGGAGGACUUGGACCGCUGCCUGGCCAUGACCUCCAACCAGGAGUAUUUGGAGCUGUCCGUGCCCUCGGAUCAAUACUCCCCCAACACCCGCAGCUCCACCUGCUCUUCAGGCGAGGACUCGGUCUUCUCCCACGAUGCAGGUGCUGAGGAGCCCUGCCUGCCCAAACUGCCUCCCCAUUCAAUGGUGGCGGCCAUUAAGAAGCGCUGACACGUCACGUCCAUGCGGGCAAACAUUGAGACUUUGCUACAUUCCCAGAGAUGAAGCUGAGGACUGCUGCUGCUCCAGGAGACCAGAGCUUGGUGGGACCGUGGACUUGUUUGUGGGGCACUUCUCUUUUGGUCCCAGGUCAGGAAAGGGUCUCACUUAGCAACGUAGGACAGGAGACUCAAGAACUGGCUUUUUAUUGUGACCAAAUAUCACCAUAACUAUUCUUGUAAAUACAGCCAGGAAAAUAUAAAUAUGAAAAUAUAUUUACACUCUACUCUUAUUUUUAUGACCAUAAUAGAGUUUUUUCCAGGAAUGCGUUUGAGUCAUUCUUGAAUAUAAUCUGUAGACGUGUUUUUGUCCAGCUUUAAUUCCCUCAUCUUAACCUCAUCUUAACUAGCAAUAGAAAAUACACAAUGUAUUUUCUAUUUUUAUAAACAUGCUUUUUCAUUGUAAGUCGUGCAUAUCAGUGGAACUUAAUGUUUGAGGGAGGCUCUUUCUCACAACAUGUACACUAUGUACACUAUGUACACUAUGUCUCUGUCUCACAA